GAAUUGAGGCAAAGUCGUGGUGCUGUGCCAUCAGAAAAUGUAUUUUUCAUAGUCGCGCGACCUCUUUUAUUAUAGUUUUCAUGCAUGCGACAGUGUGAUACGGAUUCGGGACGCGUCAGACGGUGCACGAUAGAUGUAAAUAUGAGUGGGACGAGACGCAACAUUAUUCCGAAGGUGACACCCCGCAACUCGGUGUGGUACUCGAGCACGUAUGGCAGAGACUAGAAUCCGAGAUAAGGAAGCCCCGCUUCGGCCCAGUAAUACGUAUCGCCGACCGAAAUUACCACCGCGAAAUAGCGAUGCGGUGGUUAAUCCCCCCGAACUGUGAAAACGCUUGCGCAAAAUUCCAAAACACUGUCAAUCAUACUAACUUGUGAUCGUAUAUGCGUGCCAAACAAAGAUAUAUAAAAGGUCGUUGAAGAGACCCGAUGGUUUCCUGACACGAUGGAAAGUAAAUUAUACGUAAAGAAUGAGCCGGGUCUCGACGGGCAGUUAACGAAUCCACAAGCGAAUUCAUCCUCCGAGGAUAACAGAGGCGCGUGGGUUUGUUUCGUUUGCGGAACGGUGGGCCACGGAGAGCAGUACUGGCUACGAGUGAAGCCGAAUCCAGGCGGAGCACCGAACGAACCUUAUUUUCCGUUUCUCGAGUCCCACGAACCACCCGCCGGCUACCGCGGCGAGGGCGCUCGAAGCGGAGCAGUGAGAUCGUGCAGUCUUUGCUACGCCUUACUCUUGCAACAAUGGGAGAGUUACGAACAGGAUGCCAGACCUCACAGUCAACGUAUUUAUUGGCUGAAACGAUGCGACGGCGGACCUUUUACCGGGGCCGAGAUGGCUCUGCAGGGGGAAUACGCAGCGCAGGUUCUUGGUUUGACCAACGAGCAGACGCCGCAGCUAAAACUGGAAAAUCGGCCGGUGGGCAUCUCGCCGCGACUUCCCCUGAACUCGCCGUCGCCCAAAGUCGAGCAAACGAGGCCGCCGUCGAAUUCGAUCGAGCUGCCCAGACCGCAUUCGAACACGGCUGAAACGCACAGGCACCUGGAACAGGCUAGGCUCACUAUGGAAUCUCCCCAUCAAAGACUGCAAUCGCCUAAACAAAGGUUACAAAGUCCUCGGCAGCCGGUGGAAGACACAAAAGUGUCCAACGAAGCAGCCCUCGACCUGAGACACGCACCAAGAAGUUCACCUGCGCCACAACCAGCAGUACCGCCACAACCUCAAUCGAUUUACAGCAGUGGAUCAUCAUCGAGCGUCGGGACCGACAUCUUAGAUCUUUCGAUGCCGGAUAAAAAUUCGGUCACGGAAGUUUGUUAUGUCUGCGGGGAUGAGUUUAAGAGAGGAUCGCUUAGUCAUAUUGCAGCGAAACCACUGCCAACUGCACCGCAUCCAUCGGCCACCCCGCUGCCAUUCUUUCCUUCCCUAACGCUUCAUCCGAGACCGAGCAGAAGUCGACCCAUGGACAGCGCUGGUCGUGUACAGGCAUGUACAGCGUGUCAGAAUCACCUUCUGUUGCAAUGGAAAGCGUACACCCGACAGGGAGUGCCGCACGGUGAUCGGAACUACACGCUUCGUAAUCGGCAAGCACUCGCAAUGGACACGACCACCUUUAUCUGCUACACUUGCGCGCUCGAGUACCCUUCGUCCAGUAUUAGACUUCUUUAUUGCUGUCCUAAUCCCGAGAAGGAGGCGUACUAUCCUUUUAUUUAUUCUCUGAGACCUCCGCCAGGAGCUAGUCCUAUUAGUCCUCAGGGAAUGGUGCAAGUAUGCUCCAUUUGUUACCAAGCCAUACCGCAGAAGCAGCAAGUGUUCGGCGGUGAUAAUCACGAGGCACAGCAGCCCGCGGGGCAAACAGUGGAUUUUCGGCAGCAGGGCCCCUCACCGCGACCCGUGGUGGCCAAGUCGCCGGCGAAUUCGGCCGGCAGCGAUAUUCGUUUCAAGCCGUACGAUCUGAACAAGUCGACGGUCGCGACGAAUAAACAACGGACCGCCACGGUGAAAGGAACCACGCCCGGCCAACGAAACUCGCCGAAUAACGCCCCCGCGGAGAACGGGACCGUUGCCCUCGGCCAGAACUAUAGGUGCUAUAUCUGCGAGAGACUGUAUCCCCGCACUCACAUGGAAUGGUUGUCUACGAGCCCGGAAGGAAUGAAUUCGCACGCGAUGCAUUUUCCUUGCUUGCGUGGAAUGGCACGGACUUCCGAGAAUGCCUGUAUGGACAGUCACGGCAGAGUGUUGGCAUGCAGUCACUGUGUGAAUCAUCUCGCCCAACAGUGGGAGAGCAUGGAUGCUGAACGUGUUCCUUUAGAACGUCGCAGGUAUGAUAUUCCUAGUCCACAUCCAAACGGCGACGUGAAUCGAUCGAUCGCCACACCACCGAGCUCCAGCUCGGAUCGAACGUUCGGUAGCAAUCCAGGCACAUCGAGCAGUUCCAUUUAUUGUUUCCUGUGCGGUCUGCACAGCGAUCUCACUCUCGCGAGGGUACUGUACGGUCGGCCACAGGGUCGGAACGCGCCGUUUUUCCCCGAGUUACUGUGUCAUCAGUCUCCGCCGAACGCCGAGCAACUCCGAGAGGACGGUUCCGCGCUGGUGUGCACGUUCUGUUAUCACUCGCUUCUGACGCAAUGGCGUCGAUACGAAUCUCUUCCCAACGGCCAGCAGGUGAACCCCGCGGAAAGACAGUACAACACGCACGAUUACUGCUGUUACGUUUGCGGCAUCACGACGUAUCGGAAACGUGUCAGAGCGUUGCUCGUGAAGGAUUUCCCGUUCUUGAAGUAUCACAGACAACCGGAGAAGAGUUUGUUGCUGGAGAACGGGGACUUCGCGGUGGUUUGCUUGGAUUGUUACGAAACGUUGCGCACCCAGAGUCUCGAGUACGAACGAUGGGGUUUGCCUGUCGAGAAACGGGAAUACAAUUGGAUCGUGCAACCACCGCCGCCGGAGGACAGUCCCGACGCAGCCAUCGCUAGAUUGCCUUCCGGUGAACGGUCCGAGAAGGUGGUCCCGUCGACGUUAACCGUUCGACCGGCACGAAAGAAUUGUUCCCCAAAGGCGCCGGAUAAGAAGGUUCCAGCCAAGGUCCCGGAGAAAGAACAAGGUCUCCAGCCUGCCAGCACCAAAGCGCAACCCACCACGAUCAGCAAGUCUCACAGGCCCAGCGCCGGUGUUUUACCUCAGGGUCAUACACCUGGCCCCGGUCCAGGCAGCCAACAGACCAGCAGAAGCUUCGCCGCCGCUCUGCGAAACCUGGCCAAACAGGCGGGGCCGGCACCUCAGGAAGAAGAGCCACGCGCCAGCCCCAAAAACCGAGCCCCGCCACCUCUGGUCAGAGGUCCUUCUCCUGCGAAGGAACGGUCCACACACGAGAGAAGACCCGAAGAGAUUCCCUCGUUGUACACGACCGCGAGACCCGCGGAUACCAGCAAGCACAGCGUGACCGCCGCAGCUUCCGAAUUGCUGGCCCGUUCCGGUUUCCAGCCGUACCGGCCCGAGCAUCAUCCGGCCCAUGCUCCGCCGGCGUUCGCCCUGGAUCCUGCGGCUUACAGUCCCUAUCACCACGGCCUCUACCCGCCGCCACACCUCCAACACGCUUAUAGAUUAGAGGAACAGUUGUAUCUGGAACGGUGUGGAAUGCUGAGACCGCCGUUAUUCCCCGGGCUACCAUCGUAUCCCCUCUACGGUUUAAGAUAUAGUCCGGACAUGCUGCCGCCCGCAUCCAUCGGAUUAAUGCCUCCAGCGAUGCACGAACGGCUGAAACUGGAGGAGGAGCAUCGAUUAAGGCAAGCACGGGAACAAGCCGCGCUCCGUGAGGAGGAGGAGAGGAGAAGAGCGGCACGAUCUUCAGCUCCUGCAGCCCCGGUACCCGCGCCUGCACCUGCAUCUGCCGAUACUGCAGCUAGGAAGCCGACCAUAGCGGCUCAGAUGCACAGCGACCGGGAGCGUGAACGGGAGAACAGGGAUCGUCCGAGUGGAGGCGGUAGCGGUGGCACUGGCAAUAACAACACCAUCAACAACAACACCACCACCGCCGCCAGCAGCAACAACAGCAAUAACAACAACAACAACAACAGCUGCAACAGUGGGAACGGUAACGUUGGAUCGGUCGGCAACAAUCAUCAUCAGUCCAGAAAGGAAGAGCAAUCGUCUGCUCCAGCCCCACCACCAACGGCACAACCGCAAACAUCCGAUCCAUCUGUCACACCAAACAUUUACCACUCUCGUCUGCCAGGCUUUCCGAAUCCACCGGCUCCGAUUGGACCUCCGCCCUCCUUGGGCACGGCCUCUAUCUGUUCCGUCAGUUCUGCGGCGAUGCCGCCUCCUUUAACCUCCACUUUACCCCCUCUAAACCUUGGACCUCCGCCAGCUAUAAGUUCCUCGCCUAUCGGUCCACCGCCUAUACCCUCUAUAGCCUCUAUGUCAUCCUUAACGCCGGCCGUAAUAGGGCCGCCUCCGCCACCUCCACCCUUAAGUAUGCCUCUGGCGCCUAUCAUUUCUAUACCCUCUCUCCAUUUACCCCCAGUACCCUCGACUACCAUUCAUUCUAGUCAGCAUACAGCUACGAUAAUGAGCAGCGCGACAACUACCGUUACAACCUCUAUAUACCAUCAGCAACAACAACCACAGCAGCAGCAGCAGCAGCAGCAGCAGCAGCAACAACAACAACACCAGCAAGCACAAGCACCGUUGCCACUGUCGCAACAGCAUCAACAACGUAACGGCGGCGGUGGCUCGAAUGGUACAACUAUGACCAAUUCUUUAUCGAACAGCGGCACAAUAACCACCCACGCUACAUACACAUUGGCAACACCGAACAUCGUACCAUCGACCAUCGGAACCAACGUCAACCAUAUAUCUCUGACCCAUAAAUCACCGCCACUGUCACACGGUGUCCAUACACCGAGAAACAAGGAUGCGUCCACGAUCGUGACGAGCACGACGACGACGACGACCAGCCCCUCGACCACGACCACAACCAUGACCACCGUUGUCGCAGCUAGCACAAGGUCGGCGACCCCGCAACCGAUGUUCGUCCGUCCGUUCGAGGAUUCUUUUCGUUCCUCGUCGAAGCCUCAACAGAGACCGAUCGUGAAUGCCCACAAUCACAGUAUAACGAAUCAACUCGUCCAUCCAGAGUCCUCUAUAAAGUCGUCCGUAACAACGACGACCACCGCAACGACCACCACAACAACGACGACGACGUCGCAAACGAUCGUUGGUCAGAUAGUGCCUGACAAUUGUAUCGUGGACACCGGGAAGAACGUGAAUCUUCAGCAAUCGCUGUCACAGCCGAUCCCAUAUCCGCCGCAGCAGUUCCAUCAUCCGCAUAUACCUGUUGCUCAUGUACCUGGUCUGUAUAAACCUGCGCACUUCUCGUCGACGCCACCGCUUCAGCAUCAUCCGCAAAGCAAAAUCAACGUUCCAACGUUAACCAGCAGCGGUGGCGGUACGAACGUUACCAGUUCGAAUUGUACGAAACAGCAGAGCCCUCACCAUCAUGCCAGCGAUCAAACGACGACGGUUGCGGCCCCACGAUCCGAUAAUACCGCGUUAAACGCGGUGAAUUGCGUUUCCAGCGAGAAAACAGCCGGAAACGUAAAUUACAACGGUAACAGUCUAGUCCCCGGGAAUGCGAACAAGAUUUCGAAUCACGUGAAUUCGCAUCCGAAAAAUACCGGGGACACGAACGUGACCAAGGACGGUAAAUUGAAUUCGUCUAACGAAAAGAUCGAGAAUCACGCGAAGCAGCCAACAACAGCAACAACGGCGAGCCAACAACAAAAUCAUGUAGGGAAGAAUUCGAUUUCAGAGAAAUCGUUAUCUCAACACUCGCCGUACGACCAAGCCAAGGGCCCGGCCAUCUUUCAGCCUCUGAACUUCAAUCUCACCGAGAAAGAUGGCAAGCCCGAGAUAUUAGAUUCUAAGAUGCAGACCGAACAGAAUAACGUUUUGUCCACAUUAUCGUUUCAGCCGAGUUUUAAGUUCAGUAUAAACGACAUCGCCCCGCAGAAGCCUAUAGACACCACUCAGCUGAUGCAGAGCAUCAAGUCGGAGGAAGUUUUGCGUACCUGUCAGAACGUAUCGAACGUUCUGCUGCAGAUACCGAAAUACCAGGAGAAACUGUUGAAUUUCUCGAACGAGCUGAAAACCGCCGCAUUUUGUUUCACCGACAAGUGCAAUAAUUUGACUGAGAUUUCCGUGAAGUGCGAACCGGCGGUGUUGAACGUGCCUGACCCGAGCAAGGCUCUAGUCAAACAGGACGCAACGAACGACAGGUCGUCGUUUCUAGUACCUGAGAACCCGAAAGAGCUGACCUCCACCUUGGAUCUGGCCGAGAGAAGAAGGAAACGAAAACGGGAGAAGAACGUCGGUCUCGUGUGCAGUUCCGAUUCGGAGGGCGAGGAUGAUAUCAAGGACAUGGAUCUGUGGAUCACCAAAGGUCCACCGGCCAAGUUACAGUAUUCCGAGAAGAAAUUGGCCUUUCUGGCGAUGUUUGGCUUGACCACACUAAGCGUGCGAAACGAGAUAGAACUAUGCAAGGUGGAGAAGAGGUAUCGAUUGAAUCCUGAUCCACCGGAAGUACCUCUGGAAACGGAACAAAACGUCGAAUCUAUAUUACCGGUACCGCGCGAACAUCCGGACGUGUUACUUCACGCGCCAGACUUUGAGCCGAAAGUCGGCUUCCUCAGGACCAUAGGACUCGAUUUGAUGCCGCCUAACAGAAGAGACGAGGCAGAGGUAGCGUGGCAGUACGUUCUUCAGGACCGUAAAAAACGGAAGAGCACGAAUUCCGUGACCGCUUACUGCGAGAAAAUCGCGAAGGCUUAUUCGAAUAAUCCGCCUACGUUACCAAAACCGCCGCAGAAGAUGCGGUUAUUGGACAGAGUGAAAGUGAAGCACGUUCCUGAACGGCCACCCCCUCUACCGCCUUUGGUUCCGAACAUAAUCCCGAUGUGUUAUCCUGCAUUGCCUAUGCCCGGUGAAAAUGGCGUGAAACAACACUGCAAGGUCGUGGACAUGAAAAUCGUGGAUGAGAACGCUGACGAAGGUAUCGGCGGGAAGAAGGAACAACGAGCCAAGUGGACCGGACUCGAGGACAUCCUGAUCGGGUACAGAGAGUAUUCCAGAGAGAAAGCAUUGGAGAAGAAAAUCUUGACGUGCGAGACAUCGAGAUUGGUGGCGCAAUCGAACAACUUGCGUUCCGAAACGAUUCAGCUGGAACGAAGGAUAUACGAACUUUUGUCCGCCAGAACGGCUCUUGACUCGGAGAGGCGCGUGCUCAGCGAGAAAAUUGAAAGGAUCAACGCACUUGUUAGGAACCUUAGGUAGCAACGCGUAACGCACAACACGGAAACUCAUUCAUCUGUGAUAUUAUCAAAGGGUUAAGGGUCGUUAGCACAACAGGUACCAAUUUGCGAGGGAAUAAACUCUUCUUUUCUUUUCUUUCCAUUUCAUCGACCAAACGUACAACAGCCUUUCGUAAUUGUUUUUGCGACUAGACAUAUAUACUCGUUACGCGGCGAAACACCAAGAGACAUACAGCAAUUUAACAGCAAUCGUAAGUGACGACCAAAGAGUGUCACCGGGAACGAAAAACUCGUCUUCUUAUUGUCGUGGAAACCGGAACUAUUUAAAAAAUCGUUGUAUCGGGGCAAAGCCAUAUCAGCAGUAUGAGAACACGUGUAAGAUUGAUUGUACAAACAAAGAA